AUGCGAAGAAGUCGUCGUCCAACGAUACGGUGGUGCCCAGUGAACAGCAUUCGGCGAGCACAGACCAUAUGGUACCCCGCCGAAGACCUUCAGCGGGCUCUGGCCACGCGCACCAGCCCCACCAUCAAGGACCUCGAACUGCUGGUCUCGGGCCCGAGUGUUUGCGACAGCAGCCUUAGGAACAGCCCAGAGAAGCGGAAUCGCGCCUCUCUUAAUAUUCGACCGAGUCGCCAGCCGGACUGCGGCCGACUAUACUUUUUUGUCUUUGAUUUUUCGCUUCCUCAGCUCUCAACGACCGACUUCGAAACAAUGGCCGACCUUGCCAGUCGCAUCACCAAGCCCGGCGACGCACCGGCAGCGGAUCAGCCUGCCGAUGCCCCUCAGGGUAAUGGCAAUGGCAAUGAGGUCCCGGUGGAUGACGGCGCGAAUACCGGUCUGGUCGACUCGACGUACGACGUCGAAGUGAAGCUGAGCGACCUUCAGGACACCGACAAUCCUCUUUCCUCCAAGAUUUCCUCUUUCGAAGAGCUGGGCCUGCGCAAGGAACUCAACGAGGGCCUCUUGGCCAUGAACUUCAAGAAGCCUUCAAAGAUCCAGGAGCGCGCGCUCCCGCUCAUGCUUGCCAACCCUCCGCGAAACAUGAUUGCCCAGUCGCAGUCGGGUACCGGCAAGACUGCCGCUUUCGUACUCACCGUCUUGUCGCGCGUCGACUUCACUAAACCCACGCAGCCCCAAGCUCUGUUGCUAGCGCCUAGCCGUGAGCUUGCGCGCCAGAUUCAGACCGUCAUUCAGCAGAUUGGCCAGUUUAUCAAGGACCUGGUCACGGAAGCCGCUAUUCCUGGCAACGUUUCGCGUGAGACCGGUGUCCGUGCCAGCGUCGUUACUGGCACACCUGGCACAGUAACGGAUCUCAUUCGACAGCGGAAGUUUGACGUCUCUCAGUUAAAGGUCCUCGUUAUUGACGAGGCAGACAACAUGCUUGACAAGCAGGGUUUGGGUGACCAAUGCGUUCGUGUCAAGAUGAUGCUGCCCAAGAACAUUCAGAUUCUUCUGUUCUCAGCCACUUUUCCAGAGAAAGUUAUGAACUACGCGAGGAAAUUUGCGCCGAAUGCCAACGAAAUUAAGCUGAGGCACCAGGAGCUUACUGUCAAGGGUAUCUCUCAGAUGUACAUGGACUGCCCUGAUGAAAGCAAGAAAUACGACAUCUUAUGUCAGCUUUAUGGCCUGAUGACUAUCGGCUCAUCUGUCAUAUUCGUCAAGACCCGGGAGUCUGCCAACGAGAUCCAGCGCCGCAUGGAGGCCGACGGCCACAAGGUCUCUGUGUUGCACGGUGCUCAUGAAGGUCAGAAUCGCGAUGCCCUUUUGGAGGACUUUAGGACUGGGCGGUCCAAGGUUCUCAUCACUACCAACGUUCUGGCCCGUGGUAUUGACGUCUCGAGUGUGUCGAUGGUUAUCAACUACGACAUUCCCAUGAAGGGCCCCGGUGAUAGGGAGCCUGAUUGCGAAACCUACCUUCACCGCAUUGGCCGUACGGGUCGCUUCGGUCGUGUCGGUGUCAGUAUCAGCUUUGUCUACGAUCGCAAGAGCUUUGAGGCUCUUUCUUACAUUGCCAAUUACUACGGCAUUGACCUCAUUCAGCUCAGCCCAGACGAUUGGGAUGCCACGGAGAAGAAAGUCCAGGAAGUCAUCAAGUCGGCCCGCGCGCGCCCGGAGUAUAAGCCCGCCAGCGAAGCUACGUGCUAG